AGCUGCUGCUUCCUGUAUUGAAGCACCACCAGCCAAAGCCCUUCUCGCUUCAGAGCCCAGUGCCCAGUAUUGAAACAGGGAGGAAUUUGUAGCUGAGGUCCCGCGGAGGGAAGAAGCCGAGUCGGUGUCCCGGUGAACCCGAGGCGGCCCGGUGAGAAGCGAGAGGCUCGUUUAGGACUCUAGACGCAGGGCACGAUUUUUACUGGAGCUGGUGCUAGCUAGUAGCAGCAGCUAGGUGGCUAAUGGCAAGUAAGAAAACAGAAAAAAAUAUAUGUUUUUACUCCAGAAGCUAUAGGUGCACCGGAAAACGAGCUGACUUUAUAAAAAGCAUCUCGAUAUGAUAAAAAGAUACACAAAUAUCUGACUGACAUGCUACCGAAAGUAAACUAACUUUGCUAACGUUAGCUAGCCACCUAGAGCUGACCCUGUUGCUUUUUUUCAGACAAGAGUUUCUUAGCAGGAAAACGUUAGAAUAGAAAUUUCACAGCUUUUACUGCAGGUUUGUGCAUUAUUGGAGAAAGUAGUUUGGGGUAAUUGUUGAAAUGGCUCCUAAAAGAAGACCCGUUCCCCUGAACAUAACGCCCAUCGGGGAGGGACAGGCCACCUCCAACACCGUCGAUACUGCUUCUGAAGCCAACCUCGAGGCCUUACAAAAGAAACUGGGUGAGUUGGACCUGGAUGAACAACAGAGGAAACGACUGGAGGCCUUUCUCACCCAGAAAGCUCAAGUUGGGGAGCUGAAGGAUGAGGAUUUUGACCCCAUAUGUGAAUUGGGCGCCGGGAACGGAGGAGUGGUCAACAAAGUCCGCCACAAACCCUCGGGUUUGGUCAUGGCCCGAAAGUUGAUCCACCUGGAAAUCAAGCCUGCCAUCAGAAACCAGAUCAUCAGAGAGCUGCAGGUGCUGCAUGAAUGCAACUCUCCUUACAUCGUGGGCUUCUAUGGGGCCUUUUACAGCGACGGGGAGAUCAGCAUCUGUAUGGAGCACAUGGAUGGUGGAUCCUUGGACCAGGUCCUGAAGGAAGCCAGAAGAGUCCCAGAAGAAAUCUUGGGAAAAGUUAGCAUAGCUGUUUUGAGGGGAUUAGCCUAUCUGCGGGAGAAGCACCAGAUCAUGCACAGAGAUGUCAAGCCCUCCAACAUCCUGGUCAACUCUCGCGGGGAGAUCAAGCUGUGCGACUUUGGUGUAAGCGGCCAGCUCAUAGAUUCCAUGGCCAACUCCUUUGUUGGAACACGUUCCUACAUGUCGCCGGAGAGACUGCAGGGCACACACUACUCGGUGCAGUCUGACGUGUGGAGCAUGGGUCUGUCCCUGGUGGAGCUGGCAAUUGGCCGCUACCCCAUCCCCCCACCAGACGCCAAAGAGCUGGAGAACAUCUUCGGACGGGCCAUUAUGGACAGGGCCGACGGAGAGCCUCACACCAACAUGCAGAGGCCCAGACCCCCAGGCAGGCCUGUGAGCGGACAUGGGAUGGACAGUAGACCAGCCAUGGCCAUCUUUGAACUUUUGGACUACAUUGUGAAUGAGCCGCCACCUAAACUGCCACUUGGGGUCUUCACCAAUGACUUCCAAGACUUUGUGACAAAAUGUUUGAUCAAAAACCCAGCUGACAGGGCCGAUCUGAAGAUGUUGACGAAUCACACGUUCAUAAAACGCUCAGAAGUGGAGGAAGUGGAAUUUGCCGGUUGGAUGUGCAAAACCCUGGGCCUCAACCAGCCCAGUACCCCCACCCGCGGCACUGAGUGACCCGGCCCCCCACUGCCUGACACUCCCUGGGGUCUUGCUUGCCUACACAUACUCGUACACAAGCCAUCACUCACAUUGGCACUUUUCCCCUCUUGCUCUUGGGUGAAAUGGUUUUGCCCCUCCCAUUUAUUUCCUAACCAGCAGCAGGGCCCGUUGAGUCAUUGUACUGUAACACCACGGCUUCACCAUGCCAGUGUCAAAGGGUAGCCACAGCUCACUUUUCAACACUGCUACAGAGGAUUUAAAGCACUGAGUGGCUGCCAUUGUGUCAUCUGAAUUUGCAUCGAUUGACAAAAUGAUUUUGUAUUGUUGAAUAUUCUGUAUUAAUAUUUUCUAUGGCAACAGUUGGUGGCUUGUGGGAGUUGUAUUUUAAUAAAUAUCCUGCUGUAGAGAUUUCAAAACAAAGAAAUCCAAACAUGUCACCUACUUGCAAAUUCUUAAUUCGUUUUAUUGAACGUAAAUGCUGCUAUGCUGAUUUAAAUUCCCUUUGUCAAACUUCUAUAUACUAAAAACGUUCUCUGCAGAGACCUUGCGAUUACCAAUUUGUAAUAAAUCAAAUGUGUUAGCAGAGAGUGCAGGACAAAUCGACGCAUAGUCAUUUUCACUUUUCAGUAAAUGACUGUUGACUCAAAUGAUCCCUUUGUGAAAACUAUCACAAACCAAAGACUAAAAGUUUUUCAAUGGCUGAUCAGUUUUUUUUUCUUUCCGUAUGCACAUUCAAGAACAUCAUAUCAGUGUACUUUGAAUGUUUUGAUUUGUUUCCUUCAGUGAACUACACUCUGAUUGUUUCCUCAACAUACAUGCCCCUCCCACACUGACUUUCACGCCGGAGGAGGCUUUAUGCUGUGGAGGCCUGAUAUAUGCCAUAAUGUCGUUAUUGACAUUGAGAAAACAAAAUGUAUUCAUGGGAUAAUAUAGCAUGGUUUGUUAUCUUUCUAAUACCGUAUGUGUAUUUUAUUUCCCAAGAUCAUGAUAGGGGUUGAUUAUCUGGUGGUUUUAUCAAAAGCCUGAUUCGCUGCAAUGUCAAUAUGCAAUUUCAAUCAUGUUGAUGGAUUUUGACUUUUUUUCCCUCUUUGAUGUUGGGUCUGUACUUUCCCCUGAAGUAUAUUUGGUUAUGUUUUCACUGUACUGCUACGUGUGGUGCUCUUACUCCAGCCUUGAGGCAUGCUUUUGGGAAAAGAUGUACGAUGAAAUACAUUUGAAAACCUUUUCCCUGUGAUUUAACCCAAUUAAUUGGGGUGAAAAUAAAACCCAAAGUUUAAAUGGAACUUCAGAUGUUUCCAGUACUACAGAGGGUUUGACUGAACACUUUAACCCAGGUCAGUGUUGGUCACAUGGUGGUGGUGUUACUUGCUAGCCUGCCGUUUUGCUAGAGCACUUGUAUUCUCUCUGCUUAUGGCUGCCCUUUCUUAUUUCCCCAAAAAUGUGCAUUUGUUCAGAGCAAAAAUGAAUGCAUUGUCACUUGUAUGUGUACAAAGCUAUACACAAUAAAUACAGGAGUACUA